AUGAGCGAGCCGUACCUGUCUGCCUCGUGGUCGUGUCCGCGGGCCGCGGCGCCCUGCACUACGGCGAGGUUGUCGAUGCACUGUCCCAGGGCGGCGGCGGGCGGCUCUUAUAUCGCAGUCGCAGCUCGCGUGCCGGCCUUGGGCGCCGCGGGAACCUGCGAGUCGAGUAAUGAUUCCCUGCGUACGACGGGCAGCAGCCUCAGCCUCGUGGGCCAAGAGGUCGGCCUCGGCUACCACGGCGGGUCGUGUAGCACUUGCUCGCAGUCUGCGAUCCAUUCCCGACGACUGGUGAGGUCUGCGUCGCACCGGGUCCAUCCCUCGGGUCCCAACUCGGAGGCGCUAUACGUUCCUGACCAGACGGGGGGGCUUAACCAUCUCGUCCUUGCCACUGAUGAGGUCCGUCUCGCGCCAACCUCGGGAGCGGUCUCGUGGUCGUCCUUGGGUCGCUGUCGCCGGGCAGACCGCUGUUCCUCGCGGCGAGAGACGCAGUCCCGGGAACCCGGGGGACGACUGGCGGUCUUCACUGCAGGGAUGUCCGGCGCCGGCUGCGAGAGGCCGGACUCCGGCCCGCUCCCCCGCGUGUGGCGGAGGGCGAAGGGCAGGUCGCCGGUGGGGGGCGCGGUGCCGUGCUUCGUGGUCCAGGAGGUGCCCCCGGACCGCCGCGAGGACGUGCUGGACUUCAUGGAGGAGAACUACGUGCGCAACGAGCCGAUCCGCGCCGGCAUGGCCUUCUGGACGGACGAGCAGUCCGUGGCGGAGCUGCGCGCCCACUGGGCGAGGCUGCUGCCGCAGCAGCCCUCGCUGGUCGCCUUGCUGGACGACGGCAGCGCGCGGCCCCGGGUCGUCGGCGCCAACGUGCUCAGCAUCGUGCGGCGAGGCGCGCCCCAGGACGACCACGAGUACAAAGGGGAGAGCAUCAGGAAGAUCUUCAGGUUGCUGGACGACCUGAAGUCGCGCGUCGACCCGUUCCAGACGUACGGCGUGGAGGAGUACGUGUCGGCCAUGGGACUGGCCGUGUGCAAGGAGUACAGGGGCCAGGGCCUGGGGCUGGAGUUGCUCUCGACGCGGCUGGAACUCUGCCGGGCGCUGGGAGUCCGCCUGACAGUCACCACCUUCACCGCCAUCGAGUCCCAGCGGCUGGCGGCCAAGCUGGGCUUCCGCACCAUCGCGGAGGUCGCCUACGAGGACUACAAGGUCGACGGAGAAGUCGUGUUCCCCCACGUGAGCUCCAAGAGCGCCAAGCUCAUGGCCAAGACGGUCGAGUGACUCGCUCCGUCCCUCAACCGUCCGCCAAUCACGUGGCCCGGAAUGUUCCAGCCGUCCGUCAAAACCUUACCGAGCUUCAACUUUCGAAGGAUAUGGUUGUAAUUAUAACUUUUAAAAAAAAAUGU